UGACGUACUGAUUUGAUUUGUAUUUUGGUUAUUUGGUUGAUGAAAAUAUUCUUUGUAAUUUGUAAAUCUUUAAACUUAUAAUUAAUUCAUUGCACUUGUUAUUUAUGUUGCAUUAAUUGCAAUUUCAUAAUGGCGAACAAUAAAGACGAAAUUGUUGUUGCGGCUUACCAAAGUUAUCUUAAAAGCGACUACGUAUCAACUCAAGAACGUUUAAAUGAACUUGAGACUUUAGUAGGAAACAAUGCUGUAUUACUGAAACGAAUAAAACACAAUAAAGCUGUAGUUGAAUUUGCUGCAAGUGAUUGGAAAAAUAUAGAUUCAUUCAGGAAAUCAAUAACUGAUAUCAUAGGAGCUACUUAUCCUGAUGAAGAAAUAACAAUACUUCUUCCAUUUGCUGCGUAUAACUAUGCUGUUAUCCUCUACCAUUCAAGAUAUUAUUACCAAAGCUCAGUCAUAUUGGAAAACUUAUUAACCUCUAAUGUUAUUCAUGAUACCAAAUUAUUACAUCAAGUUGUUUUAUUACUCUUAGAAUGUACAUUAUGCAGACGGACAUAUAAUAAAACACUUGAAAUAGCUAAGAGUUAUGGUGAAUCAUUAAAAUCUAAUAAUGAACUGUGUGACUUGUUUCAAAGACUGGUCUGUAGAGCUCAAGUAUAUCUUGGCCAAAAAGUUAUGUUGAAACUUGAUACAAUAGAGAACAUGUUCAUAAUGGCCCAACAACAUUAUUUAAAUGGAAAUGUAAAUGAUGCUGUCAAUACAUUGGCUAUCUAUAAAACACUUAAAUAUAAUUACAAUAUGAAAAAUGAGGGCGAAGACAUAUGGGCUGCCAUAAAUAAUAACCUUGGAGUAAUUUAUUUAUCAUUGAAAAAGCCAUAUUUGGCUUCCAAGUAUUUUCAAAAUGCGCUGAAGGAACAUUUUAUGAGUAUGGAGAGUGAAGAUAGUGAGAGGUUAACAGUCUGCAAGGAUCGCCCAAUAUAUGUUUAUAAUUUAGGACUAGCUCUAUUAGCAACUAAGAAUUUAGAAGGUGCAUUUGAAUGUUUGGUUGAAGCUGCAAGACAUUAUCCCAAUAAUCCUAAAGUAUGGGUUAGACUGGCAGAAUGUUGUAUCAAAAAAUGUUGCAGCGAAGAGGCUCAGCAAUUUACUGUUAAAAAGCUGGGAAGUGGACCACAUACAAGAAUAUUGGUGACUAAAGAAAAAGAGAAAUACUCAGCAUCUGGAGAAUCCUUUGCUAUACCUUCUCUAUCACUUGAAUUUGCUGCAUUAUGCUUAAGAAAUGCUACAACAUUACUACCAAAUCAGGAACCUCCAACAGAUGUUACAGAACCAAUGAUUCAAGCUCCCCCUGGGCCUCCUAUAAACUGGAAGGAAAGAUGUGAAUUGAAGAAUCUUAUACUACUCUUACAAAGUUAUAUAUUUUUGCAGUUACAAGAUCCGUUAGCAGCUUUAGUAAGUGCUAAUGAUUUACUAUCUCAAACAGAUUGCUCUAAAAUUCAUAAAACAUGGGCACAUGUAUAUGCUGCGGAAGCAUUGAUAUUUCUAGACAAAACAGUUGAGGCUAUAGAACAUUUACAGCCGGCUAUGAUUCAUGAGCUGGUUUCAGAAUUUUCUGAUAAGAUGCGUGAUGUAAUUGGAGUAGCUGUUUGGACAAAAGCAGCUGUUUGUAAUAUACUAAGAGGGGAUCUUGUGCAAGCAAGAAAAGUAUUGCAACAAAUUAGUAACUCUAAAGUUUUGCCGUUGCAGAUGUAUGUUGAAAUUUGUUUGGGAAAUAUAGAAAGUUGUCGUACAAUUUUGCGUAAAAUUCGCUAUACAAAUACAAAUGUAUCAAUAUAGCAGUGUCCUUCCCAAGUGCAUCUGUUUGUGAUAACUUUUGUGCUUGAGUUUAUUUGUAAAAAAUUAAAUAAUGUAAGAUAAUUUAUUUUUUCAAUAUUAAGGCAUAAAUGAAGUUACAAUUAAA